CAACUAUAUCAUUAUCAUGUGAUUAGAUAGAUGUAUCCUCUAUAAGCAAUAGUCAUUGUUGAUGAAAUACACACCAUGCAGUCGAUAAUAUUUUUUUUAUUAUUUCUAGUUUAUGUAAAUGGAGACACUUGGCCUGUAGCCUACAAACGCUAUGAGUCUCGCCCAACAACCAAUCCGUACUGUAAAGCGGGAGUUCUCCCCUUUUGUCCAACAGGUCGAGAAUCAAAUACGAUGCCAAAAUUUAACGCCACAGACAGAGUAGAAGUUUUUGCUCUCAAAGCACCUGUGUGGGAAUUCAAAUUUGGUAAACUCUUGGCCGACUUCAAUAUAAUGCACGAUGCCAUUGGUUUCAAUAAUCUCAACACUGGUUUAAACUAUACGAUGGAAUGGUAUGAACUAUUUCAACUAUUUAACUGUACAUUCGCCCAUUUAUUGACCAACAACACAUUAAAAUGGUGUAACCAAGGAGCAUCGUGUAUAUAUGACGGUAUUAAUGAUAAACACUGGUCACAGAAUGGCACUUUAGUUAAAGUGGCUGAAAUAACAGGUGAAAUGUUCAAUGAUUUUGGAAACUGGUCUGAGUGGGAUAAUAAUACUGGUAUUUAUUAUGAAACUUGGACGGUUGCAUCUGAACCGGGAGAAGCUGGGAAGCUAUGGUUUGCACCCAACGAUUGUGCCAGUUUCGUUUUGAGAGCCUUUCAAAAGAUGGCAGAUUUAGGAGCCGAAUUUAAUCAAAGUGUUCAUUUAAACUACACCAAGAUAUUUUUAUACAGUGAGGAACCUAUACAUCUGGGACCUGCUAGUGUAAUAUUUGGACCUGGAUCAAACCAAACAUUAACUAAGGAUAUACUUUUAUUCUAUAGCCACUUCCAAUCUCACCAAGAUGUGGGACAUUUACUAGAAAGUCUACUUCAAGUUUAUAUAGAAGUUGUGGCAGAACACAGAUUUUACUUUUUUUAUAACUUUGAAUAUUGGUUACUGCCAAUGGUGCCACCUUAUGUCAGGUUAACAUAUGAUGAAAUUCCACUGCCAACUCCAUAAGUGCCAACAACAAGAUGAUCCUGCUCG